GCCUGGGAAUUUUAACUCAAUCCAAUUCAGAUGCAUAUCGAUAUGCAGAAAAUCCGAAUGGUUCAUGCGUAGGCUAUCAAGAUUAUGAUAGUUGGUUGCUAUCUUAUGGGAUGAGUCCACCAUUCGAUUUGUACACGACCACUGGUCAUCAGACCGCUCCACAAUUGCUGAACCAAGGUGAAAUGGAAAAUUGGGAUCUGGUUAUCCCAAUAUUAAAUCUACAGUAUCAAAAUUAUAGCCAACAAUUCUUACAAGGCCACCAACACCAAACUAUUACUGCUCAAACACCAAAUGUCGAUAUGUCACAAGGACAGCAAACGCUAGUAAAUCCAAAUAGAGAAAAUAAUUCACUACCGCGAAAUCCUUCAAUUAUUGCAACACCAGUUGAAAAAUUCACACUGGAUAUAAAAUUUUGUUACCCUUACUCUGGAAUAAGUCAAUUUUUCGCUAAAACAUGGUUAAUCAAGUGGAGUUCUGUCGACUUAUUUACAAGAUUCAUCUAUAAAGUAAAUCCUAUCAUUACACCACAGCAAGUGUUCGAUAUAUAUUAUAAAAAUCUUAGUGAUAUAAUUGCAAUCAAACACAUUGACAAUGAUGUUAUACAGUAUGUUCAUGAUAUUGUUGAUAAACGAAUUCAGAAAGAAAGUUGUUUAAAAGUCAUAGGAGAUGCUUUAUUACAUAUAAGAAGAUUACGAGCAAGAGUAAGAGCAAUUAAUACAAAUAAAACACAACUUGAUUUUCAAAGAGCAGAACAAAAUGAUCAAAUAAAUAAAAGAUUUGAUGUUUAUGCUAAUUCGAAUAAUGGUAUUGAUCAAAGUCCUUCUGAACAACAAUCGGAAAAUAAUACUGAGUUUGGAUUAUUUACAGAAGAUAAUGACAUAUUAGAACCAAAUCAGUUUCUUAAUAUUAACACUAUGGAAAUAGGAACUAGCUCACAAACUAAUAAUAUAAAUCAAUUCACGAUAGAUACAGAAAAUAGGAUCAAUGAUGUAAUUAAAGACCUUUUGCCACAUAAGGAUUUAGAGGAAAUCUGGAAAUUAGUCAUGAGUCGUUUGAAUGAAAAAAACAUAAAAGUUCAGUCAAUAGAAUCAAGAAUAGUUGAUUUAACUAAUUGGUCAAGUGUUGAGUGGUCAAGAAUUCUGAAAACUGAAGAUAAAGCGAAUUUAUUUAGAUUUUGUCGACAAAAACUAUUGAAUGAUCAAAUUGAUAAAAAUGUGAUUAAUUUAAUUGAUAAUUCUGAGAUUAACAUUUUAAAAGAUAAACUUUUGAAUAUCGGAUCAGAAGAUGGAAAUUUAUCAGCUGAAAUUGUUUCAUUUUUUCAUAAGUGUUUUAGACGUGAAAUCAACAUAUUAUCUCAUCCGAUUCGAGAAAGAGACUAUAUAAUAAAAAUUUUGUCUCCUAUCUUAACUGAUUUGUUAGAGGAAUAUGAUAGUGGUCUUUUUCAAACAUAUUGGAUUGAAAAAAUAUCUAAAGCGGUGCAAACUAGAAAAAGGCGUAAAAUCCAUGCUGAAUAUGUUAAAUUUGGAAAUGAGUCUAUUAAAAUGGAUGUUGUUGUAGAACUUCGGAAUUAUGGUAUUGAAUUAGUGUCUGUGGAAGUUGGUAAUACUGAGGUGGACAAUGAUGAUUUGAAACUACGAGAAGAUCAUACAGCAUUAAAAAUGGAACUAAAAGACAUGUUGGACAAUUUUCGUGAUGAGCUUCAUUUUAAAAAGAAAGACAUAGCUGAAAUAUUUGUUAUGGGAAUCCAAAUAACUGAAGUUGCUACGUUAGUUCUCCCAAAAUCUUUGUCGGCAAUGGAAUAUUUAUUGAGACCAUUUAUUAAGAACCUCCUGGGAUUUAGACAUACAUUGUUAAUGCUUAACGAAAAAAUUGCAAAAAAGGCAAUAACUCGUCAAUCCACACCCUCCCCAGCUUCAUCGCCUCUUCCUCAAACUUCCGAACCUCCUGAGAUUAACCGAGUAAAAGAGGAUGUUUUUACAAUUCUUGACAAAAUAUACUAG